AUGGGCGCAACGGGCAGCGGAAAAUCCCGACUCUCCAUCGACAUCGCAACCACUGUCGGGUCUCCCACCUCCGAAAUCAUCAAUGCCGACAAAAUCCAGCUCUACAAAGGCCUCGACAUCACCACGAACAAGAUCUCAAUGCAAGAACGAAGGCAGGUCCCACACCACCUCCUCGGCGACUUCGACCCGUCCGACGGCGAAAUCUCCGCCAUCGAUUAUCGCUCAAUCGCCGCCUCGAAAGCAACCGAUAUCCUGAGCCGAGGAGGACUGCCCAUUCUCGCUGGUGGGUCUAACACCUACAUACAUGCUCUGGUUGCAGACCGCUACAAGAUCAAUAACGGAAAUAUCGGUUGUAUUGGUUCACAUCCGAUGCAGCUCCGGUACGACUGCUGCUUUAUCUGGGUCGACGUGUCGCCACCGGCUCUUGUCGAGUAUCUGUUGAAGCGGGUCGACAGCAUGCUUGAAGUGGGUAUGUUCGAGGAGCUGGCCGGUUUUUUCCGGUCGAGCGGUUCGGCCGGUUCGUGCCUUCCCGGGUUGGGGAAGGCGAUUGGCGUGCCCGAAUUCGAACGUUAUUUUCGAAGGUAUGGGGGCGCGCGACCCGAGGGGGAUUCGGGUCGGGGAGCAGCUUUCGAGGAUGCUGUGGAGGAGAUCAAGGAGAACACGCUUCUGCUCGCGGAGAAGCAGGUGGGGAAGAUCCAACGGCUGAGAUCACAGGGAUGGGAUUUGCAGCGGAUGGAUGCGACGGAGGCCGUACGAGCGGCGCUACGGUCGGAUGGGGUCAGAUUCCAGGAGGCUUGGGAGGAGGAAGUGGUGGGGCCGAGCUUGGAGGUGGUGGGCCGGUUCUUGGAGGAUCGGUUCUAA